AUGAAGCACCUCGCCGCUUACCUUCUCCUCGGCCUCGGUGGCAACACCUCCCCCUCUGCCAAGGACGUCAAGGCUGUCCUUGAGUCCGUCGGCAUUGAGGCUGAUGACGAGCGCCUGAACAAGCUCAUCUCUGAGCUCGAGGGCAAGGACAUCAACGAGCUCAUCUCUGAGGGCUCUGGCAAGCUCGCCUCCGUCCCCUCUGGUGGCGCUGGCGGUGCUGCCCCCGCUGCUGGCGGUGCUGCCGCUGCUGGCGGUGACGCCCCCGCCGAGGAGGCUGCCAAGGAGGAGGACAAGGAGGAGUCUGACGACGACAUGGGAUUCGGUCUCUUCGACUAA